AUGACCUUUUGUGAGCAGUACCUUGAGGGCAAUGGCUGCGGACUCGUCGAUCAGAGAUUCCUGCCAAGGGUCACAGAGGGCGAGUUGAGCGUCAGCAUUGUGCACGACAAGCCGGUUGAAAUUGUCCACAAGAAGCCAGUCGACGGUGGGGUCUCCGCCACCGUGGGAGCCGGGGCCAGCUGCGUUUCCUAUCCGCCGGACGACGCUCAGUUUGCUCCUCUCAUGCAUGCCUUCGUCAGCGAGGACCUGCCCAGGAUCAUGCCCGCGCUGGGGAUGGACGGGGAACCCCUUCCACUCGUGUGGGAAGCGGAAUUCAUUCUGGGAGACAAGCAGGAUGAUGGAACCGAUGCUUACUUUCUUGGGGAGCUAAACUGUUCUUGCGUUGGGGUCACCAAUCAGAGGCAUGUGGCAGAUGCAAUGUCGCAGGCAGCCAUCGAUGCUGUAUCCAAGCAAUAG